UCUCACCCCACAAUAUCCCUCAUCGAAUCGUUCCCACAUUUUAGGGGGGAACCUCGUUUUCUCCUUCUUUUUCAGUUAUACUAUUGAGAAAUGGCGGCCGAGAGAUCACCCUUUCUUCGAAAUAGCUACUGGGUAUUGAGACAUGGGAAGAGUAUUCCAAAUGAGAAGGGCCUCAUCGUUUCUUCCUUGGAAAAUGGCGUUCUCCCAGAAUUUGGUUUGGGUUCUGAAGGCCUAAAUCAAGCAAAAUUGGCUGGUGAAUUAUUUAGUAAGGAGCUGAAGGAAGGGAAAAUCCUGCUGGAAAACGUUCAUAUUUUCUAUUCCCCCUUUUCUAGGACUAUUCAAACGGCUAAAGCAGUUUCUGAUGUUUUAGGCAUCCCAUUUGAAAGUCCUCAGUGCAAGGCAACGGUAGAAUUUCGUGAACGAUACUUCGGACCAACAUUUGAGCUUCUUUCACAUGAGAAGUAUGCAGAGAUCUGGGCUCUUGAUGAGAAAGAUCCUUUCAUGCCACCUGAAGGUGGUGAAAGUGUUGCAAAUGUGGCUUCACGACUUGCAACUGCAGUGGCAAACAUUGAGGCAGAGUUCGAAGGAUGUGUAAUUUUAGUAGUGAGUCAUGGCGACCCUCUCCAAAUCUUACAGACAAUACUCAAUGCAGCAAAGAAACAGGAAACUUCUCAAGAGAGCGAUAUGUCAUCAAGAAUAAAAUCAAUUAUGGUCCACUCAGUCUUAUCCCAGCACCGGAAGUUUGCAUUGGAGACUGCAGAGCUCCGUCAGAUAAAAUAACAGCUCUUCAUUCAAAGAGAACAUUUCUUAAUAUACAAUAAUAAUUAUGGACUCAGAGCCAGAUCAAAAGUACAAUAACUCUCUGGUCAGUUCUCUGGCUGCUCAGAAAGCGAAGUUUUGCAUGAACUGUUUUAGAUGUAGAAAUUUGAUUGCUCUUUCGGCUCUAUGGAUCCAUAUGUAACAGGUUUAAUGAUUCGAGGGACUAAUUUCAUGAUUCACGAAUCAUGUAAAGAAGCACAAUGAUAUAACUUUGAAAGUUCCGUUCUAGGAUGCAAAUAAUGUGAUAAUAACCAUCAGAUAUUAUAUUCCAUGUAUGACUGCUUAUCGAUAUUUGUUUCGAGACAUUAGUACAGCAUUCGAUUUUGGUCA